AUGGAUCACUCGGAUUUGGUUGCAGAGCUAGGCGAAAUCGAAAAGAUGACACCAGCUGAACGGAUUGCUUUAGCACGUGAACGAAGAAGGAUACAGCUGAGAAAUUGGGAUGAGCGUGAAAAACAGAUGACACCAACACUUCCACGUCGUCAGCGUUUGAAAUUCAGUCCAGAAGUAGCAUUAUUAGAAGCAACAAGUCGAGGUGAUGCUGUGGAAGUUGAGAGAUUGCUUUUGGAGGGUGCAAAUCCAAAUUCACAUAAUGAAGAUGGUUUAACUCCAUUACAUCAGUGUGCUAUCGAUAAUAAUGAGCAGAUUUUGCAAUUGCUUCUAAGGCAUGGAGCUGAUGUAAAUGCACAGGAUACAGAACAAUGGACACCAUUACAUGCAGCUGCUUGUUGUGCUUAUAUCGAUAUUGUUCGUCUUCUUAUUGAUAAUGGUGCUAAUUUGCUAGCGGUGAAUGCUGAUGGUAAUAUGCCGUAUGAUAUCUGUGAUGAUGAAGCUACAUUAGAUGUUAUUGAAUCUGAAAUGGCAUCACGUGGUAUUACACAAGCAUACAUUGAUGAUCAACGCGGUGCAGCUGAAAAGCAAAUGUUAGAUGAAAUGAAAUUAUUAAGGCAAGAGGGACAUCCACUUGAUGUGAGACAAGCAGAUGGGAGCACAUAUCUACAUAUAGCAGCAGCUAACGGUUACUAUGAUGUCGCAGCAUUUUUGCUAAGAUGUGGCGUAUCACCAUCAGUACGAGAUAAUGAUCUUUGGAUGCCAGUUCAUGCUGCAGCCUGUUGGGCUCAACCGGAUCUUAUUGAGCUUCUUUGCGAGUAUGGCGGUGAUAUUAAUGCAAAAACAAAUAAUGGUGAAACAGCUUUAGAUCUGUGCGAGGAUACUACAACAAGAGCAGUAAUUGUUACAGUUCAACAACAAGAAGCAAGAAAAAAACGUUUAGCAUUUGGUGUACGUGAUAGUAGAAGGCAAUCCAGAAAGAGAAAAAAGUUUGAAUCACCGCAGCAGCCUACAGCUAAUACAGACAAUCCUUUUUCUGCUCGUGGCGCUAUUAGACGUCUUUCGCUAAGAGACCGUUCUGGAAUGACUUUAGCAAGAAUGGAAGCUCAAAAAGAGCAAACAGAUUUGUUGCGAUCAUGGAGUAAAGAAGAUGUUUCAUUCGGAAAGGAUGAAGCUAAUUCUGCCAAUAAUUCAGCCACUUCUGGACAAAGUGGUGUAGAGAGUACAAAUCAUGCUGCAGGACAAUUUGAAAUUCGUCGACGUGAUAGUCCUAGUAAAAAGAUUAUCAAGCCAUCAUCACAGAAAACAAAACCGAUGUCACCGGAUGAAUGGUUACGAAAAUUAGAUAAAGAAAAUGGUUGUAUCGAAGACGAUGAUGAAACCAGUUUACAGUUGCAAAGGGGUGGUCGAACUCGAAGCAGUCAAAAGAAGAAGAAAAAAGCUAAUUCUGGAGCAACAGAAGUAACUGUCCUACAGAAUGGUGGUGGUAGUGGUAGUGAUUUGUUAUCAACUAUUUCAACGCAUGGUAUGCGACGAUCUGAUUUUCCCGAUGUUAUUAGGAGACAUCAGAAAAAGACAUGCUGUUGCACGAUAACUUAG